UCGACGUCAAGUUAUUAGACAGAAAAGCAACAAAAUAUUUCUCAACACAAGCACACACAUAGACAAAUACAAAUAGGAUGCGUUAUUAAAAAAAUAAUAAGUAAAUUUUAUUGUAAUUAUUGUCAUCGAUAAUCUAAACAUUUGCCCACUUUCUAAGUUGACCUUGACCCAGGACUCAUUCAGCACAACAACAUAAUACUACGGUGUGAUAAUUAUAUAACAUGGCAAAUGUUUUCAAACUUAUCCGGAAGAGAAAUUUACUUUUGAUCAGCCAUUCGAGAAAGCAUCCAUUAUAUUCUUUACAAACAUUCUAUAAAUCUACCUUAGGAGCUGAAAUCAAGGAUGCCGAAAGUUUAUCCAAGCUCACCCAGGACGAGGAAAAGCAGAACAAACUUGAUCUGACGUUUGGUAAUGCCGAAGAAGCUUUUCGUAGUAAAAAGACUUCAGAACUUGUUCGAGCACUAUUUGUAUUCAAUCUGUGUUCAGUUGAAUUCUUGGUAAAAAAUAAUAUCGAGAUUUUGAAAUGGAGUCGGAGGUUGUUAGGAAAGACUUUAUUUACAACAUUAAUGAAAGGAACAUUUUAUGGCCAUUUUGUGGCAGGAGAAGAUCAGAUUGCUAUAAGGCCUCUUGUUUCACGGAAUCAACAGUUUGGUGUGAAGUCUAUACUUGAUUACAGUGUUGAGGAAGAUUUAUCAUCAAAACAAGCCAAGGAGGCAGAGGCAAAGGGUUGUGUUCCAGAAAAUCAACCACCUCUAGAAGAAUUGGGUUAUAAAGAUGACCACCCACAACAUCCAGAACAAAAGAGAUUUGCAGCACAUGAGGAGUUUUUAGAUAGACGUGAGAAGGUUGUAAGUGCCAGGACCUAUUUCUAUGACGAUGAAGCUAAGUGUGAUGACAACAUGAACAUAUUCUUACAAUGUGUUGAUGCUGUAUCAGGUUCAACUAAAAGUACAGGUUUUGUUGCCAUCAAACUGACAGCCUUGGGCAGACCUCAAUUCUUGCUUCAGUUGUCAGAUUUAUUGGUUACAACAAGAAAUCUGUUUGAGAAGUUUGCUGGGGAAGGCGACAUACUUUUAAAGAAGUUCCGUCAGGAAGAUUUCCAGAAAACAUUAGACGUGAUGGGUGUACCAAUAUCUAGGGACCAAACAAAACGGUGGUUCUCUAUUCUGGAUAUAUCACAAGAUGGUGAAGUAGACUUAUGGGACUGGGAUAAUCUACUUGAAAAAAAUCUACAAUUGUGUAAAUUACUGAUCGUCCCUAAUAAAGAGACAGGAAUACCAGAACAAAUGAUGGAAGGUUUAACAGACGAGGAAGAUGAACAGUUGAAAAACAUGUUAAAAAGAUUAAAUACUAUAGUGAAGUAUGCAAAAGAAAAAGAUGUGAGAGUAAUGGUGGAUGCAGAACAAACCUAUUUCCAGCCAGCAAUAAGUCGUAUAGUUAUUGAAAUGAUGAGAAAAUUUAACAAGGAAAAAGCAAUAGUCUUCAAUACAUAUCAGACUUAUUUAAAGAGUGCAUUGACGAAUUUAAAAGUGGAUUUAGAUUUAUCAAGGAGAGAAAAAUUUCAGUUUGGAGCAAAACUUGUUAGAGGAGCGUACAUGGAACAGGAGAGAGAAAGAGCUGCCUCUGUUGGUUAUGAAGAUCCAAUAAAUCCUAAUUAUCAUGCUACCUCAGACAUGUAUCAUGCUUGCCUGGAGGAAGUCUUUUACCAGAUAAAACAAAGACCAUUGGGACAAAUCGCUGUUAUGGUGGCAAGUCAUAAUGAAGAUACUGUUCGAUUUGCUGUAGAAGGCAUGGAUAGAUAUGAUAUCAAGCCAUCUGACAGGCUAAUCUGUUUUGGACAGCUGUUGGGCAUGUGUGAUCAAGUCAGCUUUCCAUUAGGUCAAGCUGGCUAUUCAGUGUACAAGUACGUGCCCUAUGGUCCUGUGGAAGAAGUUCUGCCAUAUUUGUCUCGCAGAGCAAUGGAAAAUAAAGGAAUACUAAAAAAAGUGCAGAAAGAGAAAUCUCUAUUGUGGAAAGAAUUAAAAAGAAGAGUAAAAGCAGGUCAACUUAGAUAUAAUCCAUUAGAGAACAACUCUCCUGUUGGAUGAAUGUUAGGAAACUUCAACGCUGAAAACAGAAUUCAUUUCUACGGAUUCCGAACAUAUUUUGUGUAUCGUAAAUAUUUUAACGUACUACUUCUUUGUGAAAAAACCUGAAACAUACUUCAAUGACUUUCAAUCAAAAUUUGUACUCAAAUUAACAUUUACAUUUUUAAAAACGGGCAAAAGUGUCAAAAAUUAAUCUCAUAGAAUACUCAGAUGAUAAUGUUGUAAGACUGUCUGUGAUAUUUUCAUUUUAUAUUUGUUUAUGUUGAGUCUUUAUUUUUGUACAAUUAAUGAAAAUCUUGAAAGGUAAAAUAUUAUAGUACAAGGAAACUUAAACAUAUCUAAACCAGACCAUUUCAUAAAUUGAAAUAUUAUGUUCAGAUAAAAGGAUGUGUUGAUUUACAAAAGAAUAUUCAUAGUAUAUCCUAAUACAAAGGUGACCUUUGGCAGGUUAUCUCUUUAGGUAGGUUUUAGUGUAGACAGGGUUCAAUGAUUUUGAUUGUUUGCUAAGGUAGAGACAACCAUUGUAGAACUCUAAUGACUGAAUUUUAAUCACAUGUAGUAUUAGAAUAAUAUGUUUUUAUAAAGACAACCAUAUAUGCAUUUAACUAGACUGUUAGAUUAUGUACAAAAAACAAGGGUAAAGAUAUAUUUUGCCAAGAAUGUAUAAUGCAAAUUAUACCGCAGUGGAGGAGGGGGGCUUUAAGUUAUACCCUUGUCCAUCUGUACGUCCCAAUAUUAGUUAAUUUUAAAAGAUGUUAAUGGUAUGCUUAAACAUUUUUUGUAAUAUUUUUUUGUUAAAACAUAAAAUUUCAGUUUUUUUAUUUUUAAAUCUUUUUUUUGUUUUUUUUGGGGCAUAGUAUUGUUUUAUUAAAAUUAAUUUAUAUAAUAUCUCAAUUUACAUUUGUUAAUCUGCAUUUUAUACCUUAUACUGUUGUCAUUUGAAAUAUUUUCUAUGUAAGAUAUAUGGCGGGGGGUAUGGUAGGAGAGGUGUCAUCCCAAAUUCCUGUAAAAAAAAAACACCCUGAAUCCUGAACUCCAGAAAAAAUAAAGCAUUUUUUCCCUGAUAUCGAAAAAUAAUUCCAGAGUCCCGAUAAGUGUUAAUCCCCAAUUCCCGCUAAGGUCAAAUCCGAACAUCCAAAAAAGGUCCUUCCACCUGUCAAAGAUAUUUCCUCAGAGAAAAGUAAAUUUUAAAUCUGCAGUAAUAUAUUUUUAUACUGAAUUCCUCAAAUGGGAGAGGUCUUUAUCUGCUAAUCUGAAUUUUUAAAAUACAUUCUAUUUAAAGAAAUCUUUUGUGAAGGAUGUAUUGAAUCUUGCAGUUUCACUUUUUCCUGAUAAUUUGCAAAUCUUCCUGACUUUUCAAUACACAAUUUGCAAAAUAUUAUGAAAUCUCUCUUCCAUGUUUAUUAAUUAAAUUAUCAUCUGUUUGUUAUUUUUCUGCUAUUAUCAGGGUUUUCACUAAGAUGAGUCCUGGAAUUUAGGGGCCAGCUGAAGCUAGCCUCUGGGUGCAGGUCUUUCUCACUGCAUUAGUGGCCUUGGGCUGUUUUCUGCUCUUUGGUCGAGCUGUUUUCUCUUUGACAUAUUCCCAUUUCCAUUCUUGAUUAUAUUAUAAAAUCUGUCUAGACUCAUCAUUUUCUUAACUUGUGAGUCCAAAGAUGUAUCAAGAUUGCACAAUGUUGUAUCUGCUUAGCCAGGGUUUCAUCAUUUUAUAGCAAAAGUUUUAAGAAUUAAUCUAAAUUUGGUAUAAUUUCCUUGCUCUUUUUGUCAUGGAGACUUGAUGGAUAAUAAAUCAUAAUGAAAACAUUUUUUUUUUCUCACUGUUUGCCAUGGGCAAAAAUGGUGAGGUCUGGGCUAUCCUACAAAAAUCUUUGGUAAGAACCCAGAUUAUUUUUAGUAUUAGUAGAUUUCUUUAAUCCUUUUACAUUGAAUGUCAAGCUCAUAGAUAUUUCAUAGUUUUUUUUCCACAUUUUUUAUUUAUUCUAUAUACUGCUGUAAUCAUAUUAAAACUAUAAAUUUAGGAAACACAGCCUUUGAAGUAGCAGUAGCAACUAUCUGUAAUCUGUUUUGUAUUUUUAUGCCCCACCUACGAUAGAAGAGGGGCAUUUUGUUUUUCGGUCUGCGUCCGUUCGUUUGUCCAUCUGUCCCUCUUCAGGUUAAAGUUUUUGGUCAAGUUAGUUUUUGAUGAAGUUGAAGUCCAAUCAACUUGAAACUUAGUACACAUGUUCCCUAUGAUAUGAUCUUUCUAAUUUGAAUGCCAAAUUAGAGUUUUGACCCCAAUUUCAUAGUCCACUGAACAUAGAAAAUGAUAGUGCGAUUGGGGCAUCCGUGUACUAUGGACACAUUCUUGUUUACUAUGUAUUUAAAAUGUAUGCUGAUGAAUCUCAUAUCAUAUAAACUGUUUUACAUGUUCUGUUUUGUAAUUAUUAAAAUACAUGUAAUGUUUUGUAAGGCUUUAUUGUUUUUAUUAUGUUGUUACGACUGUCACAGAAUGCAAGAUAUAGGUAUUCUAAUGCAUUAGUGACAUCUUGAACUAAUUACUGUAAAUACGGAAAUUAUUGCGUGCAUUUAUUAUUGGGAUUUUUUAAGAAAGAACAAAAAUUCGAGUUUGAUUAAUGUGAUUUUAGGAAAAGCUACAUACAGAUACAUGAAAUCAGAAAGCGGGUUCUUAUUAUUGCAAUACUCAAGUAGUUGCAUUAUUCCAAUUAAUAAAAACCUUGCAAUAAUUUCUGAAUUAACAGUAUUGAGCUAGAUAUUUCCUAUAGUAUAGACCAAUCUCAAAUGGGUUUUUUUUAUGAAUGAGUUACACCCGUUGAUCAGUGGUCAAUUGGCGUGAAUGUCGAAAUUUGAAGUAAUUGAACAAUAGACUCUUGCUGUGACAUGAGAACAGUAGGAUUGUGAAAUGAGACGAAAAUGCAGGAAUGUGAUAGUUGUCUAUGUGCUUGGCAUAUGUCUAUUGUUCUCAACCUCAUGUUCAUGGUUUAAUCAAUGACUUACUUAAGUCGACUUUGAAUGUUCAUGAUUAGGCCAAUACCUAGUUCUUUAUUGUGAUAUAAAUGGUCCAUAUCAUCAGUUUAGUUGUGUGUGUUAUCUAAAUUCAGUUACUUGGCUUUGACCACUUUUCAUCAUUCAAUAUGCUUAUACUUUUUGUGCUUACUAAGUUUUGUAUAUAAUCAUUUCAAUUUUUAAUGGACUUUUUUUAAGGACCAAGUGAUAAAUACAGACUUAUUGCAAUCUGUAGAUUUUUUAAAAUUUAACACAUACAAGUACUAUGGCUUGUAAAGUAACAAUAUCUUUUACACUUUACCAGUUCUUGACAAUUUAGUCAAAUUAGAUAUGAAAAAUUGGUAGCUGUAACCUACAUUUUACAUUCCUAAUUUAUAUAAUUCUUUACAUGUCCUUUUGUGUUCAUUUCAUGUUUCAGAAUUGUAUGUGGAAUGUUUUGCAUUUUCUGUUUUAUUUAUAUUUAUUUAGUGUUUUCUUUAUAAAUAUGAUGAAGAUUUUGUUUGCAACAUACCCAUAGUUUUUAGCUCACUUGUUCUGGGUUAGCUAUUGCUUUUUUUUUUCUAAUCAAAAGAUAUUUUUUACAAUUAUGACACAGCAGAAUCAAGAUGCAUGUAAAACUUUUAAAGUAGCACAUGUUCAUUUUCCCACCUUAUUAUAGUCAACAAAGGAAAGGUAUGAUAUGGCCACUUAAAAUUGAAAAUAAAUCAACAAAAAAGUUUAACAAAAAAUACCGAGCGUCAAGUACAAUUAAUAUAAUUUUGAAAGUCUAAUUAAUUUUAAUAUUUUUUAAAUUUCAGUUGCCAAAUAAUGACUCUUAUCAUAUCUCCUUUGUUUUUAGUCAUAUAAAAAUGUUUUAUAAGAUGAUACGAAUCUUAAUGAAUAUUUUUGUUCGAUUUACAGAACUUUUAUCUUCGUUUUGUAAUAGAUACAGUUUAUAAAAUUGUUAUGUUUGUUAAUAAAAGCUUACAUACAUA